AUGCAGACACGACCUACAGCCGAACGGCAGGACCAGGACAGGGGAGAUGGAGAGACCGGCGAGAACAGGGACGAAGAACAGCACCCACAGGUGGGGGGAAACGGAACAGCAGACGAAGUGGCGUCUGACCGCAAGCAGAUGGCCGGAGAGGCGUGGGACAGACGGAGCACGUGGAAGCCCAGCGUUUAUUAUUCUCUGGGGAAUGAGUGCUUCCACAUCGCCGGUCAUGAAAUCUGCAUCCGAGAGUCCAUGGACUCGUACGGCGCUCUAGUCUGGCCUGGGGCAGUUGCUCUGAGUCAGUUCCUGGAGAAUAACUGUCACCAGGUGAACCUGCUGGAUAAGGCCGUGUUGGAGAUCGGUGCAGGGACAGGCUUAUUGUCCAUAGUGGCCAGUCUGCUGGGUGCCUGGGUCACAGCCACUGACCUGCCCGAAAUCCUACCAAACCUGACCUUUAACCUCUCUCGGAACUCAAGGAGGCGCUGCCGCUACGCACCCCAGGUGGCAGCCCUCACCUGGGGACAGAACCUGGAAAGGGAUUUCCCCUGCACUUCCUAUCGCUACGACUACGUGCUGGCAGCCGAUGUGGUGUAUCACCAUGACUACAUGGACGAGCUGCUGGCUACCAUGUGCCACUUCUGCAGACCAGGAAGUGGCACCACACUGCUCUGGGCCAAUAAGAUGAGAUUCCAGUCCGACCUGAGUUUCACAGAGAGGUUUCAGAGUUGUUUUAAAACCACUCUGCUGGCAGAGUUUGACGAGGAGGAAGUGAGGGUCUACAAGGCAACACCACGGGAGUAACACCACGAGAGUAACACCACGGGAGAGUUUUAUUAGACAAAAACAGUGUUUUGACA